CAAUUGCGGUAACCUGUCUCCACAGAGGCGUCUCACCUCAUUCUGGUGAGACGCCGCCGCUCGGCUGGCUCGGCUGCUUCCUCUGAGUUUCCAGCGAAGACUAUCGGAGUGGUUCUGAGGCUUCAUUCUAAGAAAGGAGUUUGAUUCCUGUCUCGGUUAUUUCUCUGCUUGGGAGACAGCCUUGCUUUAAAGAUGAGCAGUUUGAUGGCGUGUAAGGAGUCAUUUGGCAGAACCAUUUCUGAACCUGUUGAGGACACGGACACUACCAGCUUUGUGGCACAGUUUUCCUUGGAGGCCAAUUAUCCUGUCCAAGUCACUGAUCCUCAUGAUGCUGUGACACUACAUCUUAGCUCCAUGCCCUCUGGAUACGUGCACCCCUCUUCAAAAGACAAGAUCAGACAGCCAGUUGAAGAUGUGGAAGAUGGCACUUGCCCAGCAUCUACUUCACCAGACUGCCCCAAACAACUGCAGAUACUCACCAGUCCCUGUGAAAAAUGCUGUUGCCCAGCACCCCCACCAAAGAUCAGUGACCUCAUGAAUGACAAAGACCUGCUGGACAUACUGCGAUUGAAAUUGGAUCCAAACCACUGCACCAUCAAAAACUGGAAGAAUUUUGCAAGCCGCUGGGGAAUGAGCUACGACGAGCUCACACUGCUGGAGCAUCGGACCCAGGGCUCCUUGUCUCACAGCCCCACUCAGGAGUUCCUGUUGCGCUACAACCAGAAAACGGUCACUGAGCUUACUGAACUGUGCCGCAUUUAUCAGCGCAUUGAUGUGCUGCGGCUGCUGCAAAGCUGGAUAGAGAAGGACUGGCCGUCACGCUGGCAGCAGACUCACUAAUAAGUUCAAAAAUGUCUAUUUUAUUUUUCUGCCAGGGUGUAUAUGUUUAAUAUUUCUUUUUUAUAUUUUUCGAUCCAAGCUACAACAUUUUUUUUUAUGUAAAUAUUUAGUAAAUUUGCUUUUGGAAGGAGAAGAGAUGGUGAGCAGAAACUGUAAAGAAUGUCAUUCUUCUACUUGAUAAAACUGACUAUAAUAAAUACAAGAAACCAUGAUCCUAAAUCCUUCCCCAACAAAGGUAUAGAGCUAAAAAAAACUACGUACUUAAACGGGCCAUUUAUUCUUGACAUGGUCUACAGUGUAAUGGUGUCAGCCCUUCUUUAGAGCUGCUUGAUGUUUCACAUCUCAUCCAAUAUAAUGUAUGAACAAAAUAUUAUGCAGUACAUCAUAAGCAUUGCACAGAAGCGCUAAAAAUUGUGAUGUAAAUGAAUAUAAUAAUAAAUGAGCUGCUGCGAAUACUUG